AUUGAUGCAUGUCUCUACUAGCCCAUUGUUAGUAUGUGAUGAUACAACGUUUUAAGUUUUGCGGUUAUAUUGAUGUUUUCAAUACAUUUAUGCACACCGCAGCGUUUGGGAUUUAUACUUUAUUUGUGCAAAUAUUUUGCAUUUAUAAGUGAGCGGACUUGGAUAAUAUACCAACGAAGUCAAAGAUAAACACGAUGUUCAUUUAGCGACAUGAAGCCCAGUGAAUACAGUUACGUCUUCAAAUGCGUCAUCAUUGGUGAUUGUCACGUAGGCAAGACGACGCUGCUACGGCGCAUGCUCGGGGAGCCCUUCCUGCCCAAGCCCGCACCGAUGCGAAACAGUCCAAUCUCGCUGCGGCAUCUACAAUGCGUCGACAAGAUUUUCACAACGUCCGAAGGAGACCGAGUGAAGUUGCAAGUCUAUGAUACAAUGGGUUUAGAGCGCCACCGCAGUCUGACGUUGUCCUACUAUAGAGAUGCCCAUGUUUGCCUUAUCUGUUAUAACGUCCACAAUCCAGAAUCGUUCGACAAUCUCAAAACAUGGCUAGCAGACGUUCACAAAUACCUGGGCAGGGACACACAUUUGGUCAAGAUGUUGGUAGGAAUAAACAGCCGGGCGCCGGCUUUGUUUGUGAAUGGGUCUAUACCCGGCAUAGAUACGGAAUUCGUGGAUGUCGAACUGAUCACUAAAAGGCCUACGGAGCUCGCGCAAGAGUACGAUACUCUCACGUGCGAAGUUCAACUCUGCGAUGACACAGACGUGAAAACGUGUUUUAAAACGGCCGUAGAUUCGCUCGUGAAACGUUUUCAUGAUGACUAUGCGCGAAGCCCUGAGCUGGACAACGGGUCCGUACAUCUUACUGCCGACAGCUCAAAAAGGAGCACAUGCUGUUAGAAAUAAACUGCUUUUUAACAAGCAGUAUUUUUCUAUACCGCGAUUUACGACAAACCAUAUGGGCAUUGGUUUUUUUUAAAUUCAAAUCGCCCUUUUGUCCGGGUUAUUUACCAACUACUGGGUGUUAUGAAAAAGGUUUGAUAUUGUAGCACUUUUUUAACAAAGGAUAUUUUGCAAUUUGUGGUAAGUUGCAAACAAAACAAUGUGUGUUCCCGACAGAAAAGCCACAAGAGAACAAUAUAUUUCUAACGUGUUAUUGCCUUCAGCAGGUUUUCAUGUCCACAUAUUAACAGUUUGAGCCCAGGUUGCAAAUCUUCUUAGUUUCUUUGCUCUUGUUAUGACAACCAUGAAUGUCCUGUAUACAAUGUCCCUCAUUGCACACCCAUAAAUGUUCAUCGUCUUGUCCGUUUCAGAGCUUUUUUAAAAAUAUAAUAGCAAUGUUAUUUCAAAAAGCAAACAUCGGGCUAUUGGCUAUAUAGAUCUUACCUUCUGUUAUGCACUCUGGAUCAGCAAACGAUUUAUUGCAUAAAUCUAUUUUACGGGGUAUUCUGGACAUAGUAGAUGUAGCAUGAUCGUGCUCUCAACAGACACGAUAUCUAUCUCACGGAGGAAUUUUGAGCUAGUCGAUUCAUCACGAUUGGGCUCUAAACUGAAACAAUACUUACCUCACGGAGGAGUCCGUAGCUAGUCGAUGUAUCAUGAUUGGGCGCAGACACGGUAUCGAUCUAGCGAUGUAUAAUCAAAUACGGCCGGUUUCUGUUUUCUCUUUUUUGUCUCGUAUAUUGUUUCACAGCCGGAUCGACUGGCUCAGAUGGUAGAGCUCUGGAAUUCAAAGUUGAGAAUCGCGUGUUUUAACCCCGGCUCGGCAACAUACCUUGUGUCUUGAUUGGUCAAGAAAUCAUUUAUACGGCCAUUCUCAACUCUACAUCUGAUUCAAGAAGGUUGUCAUUAACCAGCAUAUUAGUAAGUUACAGCGGUAACCCCAACCAUACAAACAAACAAUAUCGUUCGACAAAUCCCGUAUAACAUUUAUUUUUUACAUUUAUUAACGGAACGCUAUAUGAAACAUGCGAUUUAAAUAUUAUUUGAUUACCAUCUGGCAAAUGGAGUUUAUGUACAUAUUUGCGUCAGUUAUACAGUAUUGCCCACCGUGUGCUGACAAGACAAAGUGUUUUAUUUUGUUUAAUAUAUUUUGUUAACUGGGCAAUUACAUGGUAAUACCCAGUUUAAUAGUUUUUGAAAAAGUACUCUCAUAUAUUUGAUGAGUUUUAAUGUACAUGUAGUUUCUUUCUGUGAUGUUUUUAUGUUCAAAGAUGAUAUGUUCUCCAUCACAAAAUGUGAUCAAUUUACAUUUAGUUUACAUGUGACCUGUUAAAAGUGACCAUUAAAGCACUGCCAGAACUAGUUAUUUCUUUGGAUCAUGUAGUUUUCAAUAUUUAUAUUAUUGUAAACAUUUUUGUGAAAAUGCUUUUGCUUUUAAGAACAAUAACACAGCGACCAGAAUAGUUAUUAUAAUCUAGAUGUACUGUAUUUGACUGAAGUGCGAUGUAAUUUAUUUAUGUAACGGUAUAUAGUUCAGCCAAAACGGCCAUUUGAUUGUAAAUGAGCGGCUCUGCGGAAACGAAGCUUAAUGCAUGUGCAUUAAGUGUUGUCCAAAUUAGUCAGUGCAAUCCGUUGGUGGAAGGGGUGGGGGCUAUACGAAAAGGCACCGGACAAAAAUCGAUCAAACAAUCGAUCGGUAAUCGAUUUCUACUAUUUCCCACAUGAAAUCGUGAAAUUCGCAUACGCCCUAGUGUACUUAAAAAAUUAUUUACAAUAAAUCGUGUUCACAUUAUAUUGAACGUUAUAACUGUCGAUUUGCAUGUUAACAAUGUGUUUACAAACUAC